AUGUCCGAGCAGGAAAGCAGCAGCGAGGAUUCAUCUAUCCACAACAGCGGCGAGAGACUGAGAGACGGAGACCGCGAAAGAUUGGAACACUCACCGGAAAGACAAGAACAUGGCGACUCGGAAAACAACGAGCGAGUCGAAGCGCCUCGCAUGCCGCGCGUCCGAUUUGGAUCAAAUGCCAAUUUCUGGAAAGAGGCGCCUCGAAAUCCUCCAUCCGAAGAUGUGCGUGCCGAAUGGGAUAGGUCGCUGCGCGAAGGACUAUCACAUCGGCCAACCAUGCCUUACUCGCACGAGUCUGCGGAUAUUACAGACACGCCGCUGCGGGAGCGAGCCGACCAGGCAGAUCGGGCAACAACCAAAGAAGAAAAGCCUGCUGAUGAGAAAGUACCGGAAGAGGGCAAGAAACCAAUCUACAAUCCUGAGCGAUGGACGCCUUCCAGCGUUAAAGAUCGACUUUAUUCAGCAACCAAAUCCAUCAAAAUUAGAAUUACAAGCAUCAGCAACUUGCUGGGACGUCCUGCCGCUGAUGGAGAUGACCUGAGACCCGGUCUGUACCGACCAGAAUGGGCGUCUGGGGGUGAAGUUCCUCUGUCAGACGUCACAGACAACAAGCACAAGACAGAUGAAGAGAAGCGGCAGCACCAGGCAGCAACCAGCUCCGAAGCCCAUCGUCUGGUGCGAGAUCUGACGCAAGAUCACUCGGCCAAACGUCGCAAACGUCGCGGUAGACCGUACCCCCAGAGGGGUACCGAAUUCAGCGGAGGAGAGAAUGAGUCCGGGCUCGAAUCAGGGCUUCGAUAUCGCUCAGGUGGUGGGGGGAUUUUGUCGCAGUUGAUCAAGCUCAAUAACCCCAGCCAGGGCCAGAGUGGGGGGGACAACACCGGUAUGUCUCGAACAUCAAGUCCGUCUUCUGUCGAUAAUUCUAUAUCGCGCGGUCCAGCUUCUGGCGCUACCUCGACCGCGGCGACGCCCAGCAAGCGGGAUAAGCCCAAGUGGUAUAAGAAACCACCGAAUGCUUCGACGGCAACACUGAUAGGAGCCGGAUCAGGAAACGCCAGCGGAGCAGCAACCCCUGUGUCCAGUGAGGUUAUGUCGGCAGCGUCCAAACGACAAGGGAAACUGUCAAACAGUAAUAUGAGACUGGAGGACGAGAUCCGAGUGACGGUACACAUUGCCGAGAUCAUUGCCCGACAACGGUAUAUCAUGCAACUCUGUAAGGGCCUCAUGGCCUUCGGGGCGCCGACACAUCGACUGGAAGAAUACAUGCAGAUGACCGCCAAGGUGCUGGAGGUGGAUAGCCAGUUUCUCUACCUGCCCGGCUGCAUGGUCAUGUCGUUUGAUGAUCCCUCGACGCGCACAACAGAAGUCAAACUAGUCCGUAUUGCUCAGAGCGUCGACCUCGCUAAACUCGCGGAUACACAUCUGAUCUAUAAAAACGUCAUCCACGACGUGGUCGGUAUUGAAGAGGCGAUCCAGGAGCUAGAGGAUGUCCAGAACAGAAAGCCUCGAUUCAACAAGUUCAUUGUCGUCUUGGUGUACGGUUUGGCUACUGCCACCGUUGGCCCGUUCGCCUUCAACGCACGACCAAUCGACAUGCCCAUCAUCUUCCUCAACGGGUGUCUCGUUGGCGCGAUGCAGAACGUCGCUGCACCACACUCGGUGCUCUAUGCAAACGUCUUCGAAGUGACAGCCUCAGUCUUGACAUCCUUUCUCGCUCGAGCCUUUGGCAGCAUCCCACGCACGGUCGUAGACGGAAAACGACAGGGAAAUCUAUUCUGCUUCUCAGCCAUUGCGCAAGCCUCAAUUGCAUUAAUCCUCCCUGGGUUCUUGGUGCUCUGCAGCAGUCUCGAACUACAGUCCCACCAAAUUAUCGCAGGUUCAAUCCGAAUGGUGUACGCGAUUAUCUUCUCCUUGUUUCUUGGCUAUGGCAUCACUGUCGGAACAACCCUCUACGGACUCAUGGACGACCAGGCGACAUCGUCCAUCUCCUGCCCGCCAGAAGGCGCGUUCAAGAAUCCCUAUGUGCAGCGGUUUCCCUUCGUAGCCAUCAUGUCCGUCUGGCUUCUGAUCAUCAACCAAGGGAAAUGGAAACAAGGCCCGCCGAUGACCAUCAUCGCGCUGUCGGGGUAUAUCAGCAACUAUUUCAGUACGAAGAAGCUGGGCUCGAACUCGCAAGUCGCGAACACCGUUGGCGCGUUCACGAUCGGCAUCAUGGGAAACCUGUACAGUCGUCUCUGGCACGGACACGCUGCAACCGCUAUUCUACCUGGAAUCUUUGUCCUGGUGCCAUCAGGUCUCGCGGCGUCGGGGUCUUUGAUCACGGGCGUGGAAUCUGCAGACCAAAUUCGGCAGAAUGUUUCAUCGAAGACCGCUCCUAACUCUUCGCCUGGGGCUGGACUGAAUAGUAGUUCGGUAUUUAGCCUAGGUUUUGGCAUGAUUCAGGUUGCUAUUGGGAUUACGGUGGGGCUGUUUUUGUCUGCAUUGAUUGUUUAUCCGUAUGGCAAGCGGAGGAGUGGACUGUUCAGUUUUUAA